ACAGCCCACUGCCCCACGGUUCACCUGCUCCCAUCUGUGAAUCAGCCUCCUGAGCUCCAAACAAUGCCUCGGCUACUGAGAGACAUCCUGUGUGUGAUUGAGACAUUCCACAGCUAUGCCCAGGAGGAUAGCAAUGAGGCCACGCUGACCUUCAGAGAGCUGAAACAGCUCAUCCAGGGCGAGUUUGGGGACAUCCUACAGCCAUCCGUCAUUCACGCUGUGGAGAGAAACCUGGACCUUCUGGAACUCAAUAGCAAUAGCACUAUCUGUUUUGAAGAAUUUCUGCUUGCAAUUUUCAACUUGUUGAACUUCUGUUAUCUUGACAUCCAGUCAAUACUCACUUCAGAACCAAGACCAGGAGAGAACCCAGAGGAGAAGCCAGUUGAUGGGGAUGUUCAAGCAAUCAGCACCACUAGUCACUCAACAGAGGGGGCUCUACCAACUCAAGAGAAAGGGGUGUCUCCCUCAGGAGUGCCUCCCCCAGCUCAGUUCAACCUUGAGGUUACAGGAGGAAAUGGGAUCAACAGAGAGAGUUCACAGGGAGACAUUGAGACUCUCAGAAUGUCAGGGCACAAAGACUCUCAAAAAGAACAUUUGAGACGUGAUGAACAGAGCAAGGAAGAAGCUCAAGAUGCUCCUGCAACAGGAGACAGAGAGACAGAUGCAGCAGGAUCAAAACAGGCCAUUCAUGCCACAAAGCAGGUGGGACAAGAUAAGGAGAUGCCCAAGGAGGGAGCAAAACCCACCAGGGAGAAGAGCGGCACUGAGCUAAGAGAGCAGAUGGAAGGAGAAGAAGGAAACUUAGGAACCCAAAGUUUUCCACCAAAAGGAGUAACACUGACACCAUCUGAAGAGCAAGAAAUUGCCACCAGUGUGGAAGUGCAGGAACAUUCAAGAACACAAGAGCCAGAGAGAAAAGACAAGCUCACAUCAGAGCAGGCUGACCUGCCAGAACAAACAGCUUCCCAGAAAAUGUUUCAGAUGCAGAAAACAGCCAGUAGUGAGAAUGUGAGCAGCCUAGCUGAGACUCAAGAAACAGUAGAGGAUGCAGCCAGGGCUCCAACAAAGAUCAAGAGCUCAGCAGAGCUUGAGGAUAGUGAGGAAAAAGCUAAGAGCCAAGACUUACCAACACAAGAAAAAGAUGAAACAAAGGACCUGAAUUUCCAAGGUGAUAGCAAAAACAUUCCAGAAAUAUCUGCUGUUGAUGUUAAAAACAAAGAAGGGAGAGAGCCUGAGGUCCAUGAAGAAGCAGGGCAGAAGGAAAGUGUGAGACCACAUCAGCCUUCAGUCCUGGAAGACCAUACACAGGAUGAAAAGAUGCAUGAAGGACUCCAAGAGCUAUCCAAACAUGGGGACACUGAUGGUCCUAAGACACGAGAGUCAGCUUCAGAAGCUGGAAAUCAGAAUAAUCAUGAAACCAAAAAGACGACUUAUGCCAAGGAAGAAGGCACAGCAGAAGCACUGGCAAGCAGUAAGAACGAUCCUAAAGAAGAAGGUGUACCGGAAACAAUAGAAAGGAUACAGGAGUCAACACCACUUGGGUGGGAAAGCCAGAACAUUGGCAAGAUUCAGAACAAACUGGUCAAGGAGAAGGCUGGUGAACCGGUACAGGAUCCUGAGGCAACAGUCUCACAGAAGGAGAAAGGGCUUUCUGGAAUCCCCAAAAGCUGGGCUCCAGAUGCUACCAGCAGUUCAGAAUUAAAUGACCCACCUGUACAAAGGGAGUCCCAGGGUCAAGUAGGCCUACUUGCAGAGUCUGCACAAGGAAGCCUGGAUGCUGCUCAGAAACAGGCAUCAUCAGAUGAGAACAAUACAAGUCAGGAGGCAAUGAUGCUGGAAGUCACAGAAGGGCAUGAACAGCUCUCCAAGGAUCAGGAGCAGCCUCCCCAAAGAGAGCAGGGCUCCAAGGUCAAAGGUCCAGCUCCUGCUGUGGAGCCUCAAGAGCACCCAGAAGCACACAAGUCCACAGGUGAAGCUGAAAACAACUUCCAGGAGAUAGAGGCCCCAGGUGCCCUGGAUGCAGACUUUAUUGACCAGCUUUCUGUAACACAGCUCCCAGUAAAGAAGGAAGACAGUGGGAAAGAGCUAAAGUUCCAGGACCCAAGUUCCAAAGAGGAAGGUGGUGCACCAGAGAUGCAGGAGGCUCUAGUUAAAAGUCUGCAUGAAGACUCAUCAGUCUCCAAGCUAUUCCAAGAAACAGAGUCUGCAACAUCAAAGCAGGAGAAGGAGCAGCCCCUAGAGCUGGUGGAUGCAGACAAUGACCCACAAAUUUCAGCCAAGAAAGACCACAAUACUUCAGUCUCCCAAUCAGACCUAAAAGAGAAGAUACAGAAAGGUGGAGAAAGAGACUGGAGAGUGGAGAGAGAGACUGUGUAUUCCAAUCCACUGUACACAUACCUGCAAGAGAAGAUAGGACAACAAGCAGACAAGACCCAAGAGGAGCUUCAACAGAAAGAUCAGAGAGGCAAGGAGUCGUUCCCAGAGAGCUGCAACAGCCCCUCUGGUUCAUCCCUUACCAAUGAUAAUCAAGUAUCACAGCAGAGCACCAAAGAACUUGUGCCUGGUGGAGAAUCAGCUGAUACAGAGCAGACAUCAGAUGCUCUUCAGGCCUUGGCAUAUGAGCAGAGCUGCCCACAGAAAGAGACACCAGCACUACAGAGGAAGGAACACACCACAAAGCAAUGAUUUAUUGUUCCCAGAGGAGCAGAUAUUCCAAGCAGUUUCCUAUGUCUUGACAGACCACAGAUUUUUUUCCUCUCAACUACCCUCAACAGUUACCAAUAUGAACGUAUUCAGAUGCAAGUUAAUGACCAUUUAAUGUCCUUUCCUACAGUCCUAAAAAAAGUAAACAACGAAGUGUUCAGCAGUGAGAGUUAAAUACCGAAAGAAAUAUCACACAAAGGAAACAUCCUACCUUAUGAUUCCAUUUUCAAGUGCCAGAAUGAACUUCUUUGUAGACCACUAGUCAAAAUUGACUUAUUACUAAAAGUUCCUUCCAUGUCUUUAACAGAUGCCAAUCUCUUUAAAUGAUUCUGUUUUGUUGUUUUUUUAAUGUGGCAGUAGGAGGGGUGAGACUCUGCAAUAUUCAUUUAUAAUCAUUGAUUGAUUUAUAGAAGUCAAUUAUUUUUUUCACAUUUCCUAGCAUAUAUUUCAAGUUUGUCUUUCAAGAUAAUUUUACAUAUCACUAUAACUUCAAAGAAUUAUGAUUUUUCUAGCACCCAGUUUGAGUCUUGAUUCUUUGUUCAUGUCCAGGUACAAAAAAAUUCAUGCCACAUAUUAUUUCAUUUAUUUUAUUCAACAAAUUUUAUUAAGUUCCUCUCUUUAUAUGGUCUUUUAGAAUUACUGGCUUAAGCAAGCAAUCAGAAUACUUAUGAAGGAGAGAGAAUGCAAAUUCUAAGUCUGUUUGAGUCCACAAGAAAUUCUGUAACUAGUUCACAAAUUCUGUAACUAAUUCACUAAGCCUACAAGAUGUUUACCUAUGUGGUCUGAUGAAGUCACUGCAUUUAAAUUGAUAAAUAAAUAAUCUAAUGGCUA